UCUGCAAAGCCUGUCUGCUGCCUGUCUGGAGGGGAGGAGCCCGCCAGCCCGACUUUACAAGCUGCUGCUGUGGGGAUCGUCACCUGCUUUUGCACCCAGGCCAAGCUCCUCACAACCUUUUAGAUCACAUUCUUCUUCUUUUUUUAUUGUCCUUUAACUCUCCUUUGUUGGCAUAUAUGUGUUAGUAGUUAUGUAUUUGAACAGUAACAGCGCUGGCGUCAACUCAGGGCGGACAAAGAAGAAAGCAAAAACAUGGGCUCAUCCAUGUCCCGAGAAUAUCUUGAAACGGGCCUCCAGAAAAGCUGCCAAGAAGGUGGAGAGGAAACAGAAGAAAGGCGAGGAGCAGGAUACACUGCAGCACACGGUCUUCGGGAAGGCCUUUUAUGACCUGAGCCACUCGGAAAGGGUGAUGGAUGAUCUCAUCUUUGGACGUCGGGUGGGGCUGUAUGAGCUCAGGGGGGAGAUUGGCUCUGGUAAUUUCUCCCAAGUGCGACUGGGGAUACAUGACCUGACCAAAGAGAGAGUGGCAGUGAAAAUCCUGGACAAGGUGCGCCUGGACAAGCGUUCGCAGUCGCUUUUCGCCUCGGAGAUCUCCUGCAUGGAGAAGCUGGCGCACCCCAACAUCGUGCGUCUCUACGAGGUGGUGGAGACCUUCAAGAGGCUCUACUUGGUGAUGGAGUACGCCAGCGGAGGGGAGCUGUUCUCCCGCAUCAGCACCAGGGGGCGCCUGUCGGACCUGGAGAGCAAGUUGGUGUUUGCUCAGGUGCUGUCGGCUGUGAAGCACAUGCAUGACAGCAACAUCGUCCACAGGGAUGUGAAAGCCGAGAAUGUCUUCUUCACUAGCACCUGCUGCAUCAAAGUGGGUGACUUUGGCUUCAGCACCUCCUGCCGCCCCGACGACAUCCUCCACACUUUCUGUGGCUCCCCGCCCUACGCCGCACCUGAGCUCUUCAAGGAGUCGGGUUACGUGGGGCAGUACGUGGACAUGUGGGCGCUGGGCAUCUUGCUGUACUUUAUGGCGACCGCCACCAUGCCCUUCAGAGCUGUCAACACAGGAAGGCUGAGGCGAUGCAUCCUGCAGGGCUCCUACAGCGUGCCGCCAUAUGUGCCUGACCCCUGCAGGGAGGUCAUCAGGGGGCUGCUGAGGCCUGUGCCUGCAGAACGCUUCAGCGCAACCAAGAUCAUGGCCAGCGAGUGGAUGAGAGGUAUGGAAUACCCGCAGCCCUAUGCCGCUUGUCGCCCGACGCCCUCCCACCUGGCUGAGCCGUCCUGCAUCCUCAGCGCCGACGAUUUAAACGUCAAAGCGGCGCUGGAAGAUCUGGGCGUCGGCGAGCUCCACCUCCUGGACCACGCUAUGGACCUGAGGAGCCCCGUGACCGGUGCCUACCGCAUCUUGCUGCACCGCAUCCAGAGGAGGAGGUCGGUGGAGUCUGUGGGCUCCAGCUACAUGUGCAUGAAGCAGGCACAGAAUCCACUCAAACACCUGGGCGAGCGCCGCUCGGUGGUGUGUAUCAUCAUGUAGCGCUCUUUGCAUUUGACGAUUGGUCAAAUAAAACAGGCUUUUCCAUAGGAUUUCAAGCAAAAGUAGCAAAUAAGGUUUUUUUACUAGACUCCUGUAUA